GCCGUUUUUGGUAGCUCUGUGUCGCCAUAGAAACAGUUUGCAAACAAACGAGCUGUUCGUUUCUACUACAACUGCUUUCAGUAGAUUUCACUUGACGUGUUGUGAAUAAGGACGAAGUUACUGUGAACCCUGAAGAGGCGCGAGGUUCCCUGUGUGGCUGGGCAGUAAGGCAGCGAGCAGCAAAAUCUUCAAGAUGGAGGGUAAAGAGGAAAGUAAAACAAGAGAGGAGCAGGAGAGAGAAAGUGAACAGAGGAUAAAACUUCUGUACAAAGAUCUGAGCACGUUAGUGACAAACACUCAAAUCGCAUGUGAUGCCAAAAUGGUGCUGCAGAGGAGGCUGCGGGGCAAAGCUCAAGCAAAGAGACUGGUGAUGCUGGAAAAUGAUGCAAUCUCAAGCCAGGAAAAAUUAGAUGAAAUACAGAAAGGACAAUUUGAGAACUUUAUUAAUCGGAAGGGGGUCUCUGAAGACCUGCAAAAAGCGUUAAAGAAGCAGCAGCAUCUUUAUUCCACUAUUAUACAUGAUAAGAAAGUCAUCAUAAAUGAGCUUCUGCAGGCUCUCAAGCUCCAAGACGAUAACUACGCGAGCACCUUGAGGAAGAAUACGGAGGAGAUUAAUGUGAUGAUUGCACGGAUGGAGGACCAGAUUAAGCUCAUGACCAAAAUCUACCGGGAGGAGCUCUCCCAAAUUGAGAGUCGUCAUAGGCAGGAAAUAAGCAUCCUGCUUACAAAAGACAAGGAAGAACUGGAGCGAGACCUGAAGAGACUUUGGGAUGAAGAGCUCGAGAGGCUAAGUGAGAGGAAAAAGAAAUUGGAGGAAUACAAGAGAGAAGUUCACGAGAUCGGUCAAGAGAGCAAUCACGUCUUCAAUGCCUUGGAUUAUGAGAGAUGCGCAAGAAUUCUGGCCCAAGAGAGAGAACAGAAAAAAAACGCAAACAGCAACUUACCCCUGAAGAUGAAAAAACACAUGUACAUGGAAAAGCAAGAAAUACUUCUCACCACAUUGAAAAAUAUCAAAGGCAGGAUCACCAGGGAGGCGAGAGAGAUAGAAAAGCUGAAGAAUAUCUACAUCGACCACCAGAAAAAAUUUAUAAAGCAGAGUAUUGCUUUGACAGAUUACUCACACUACACCGAGAAGCAUGAACGCAUUAAAAACCAAGUGAAGCAUUUUGCUGUUGCUGAUGCAAGACGUUUUGAGGAGGUGUGGCUGAUGAUUGAAGAAGAGGUAAAGCACUUAGCACAGAGGGCUUUGGCGAUAGACUCGGUGAUCUCCCAGCAGCUCUACGGUUCACCCGAGAAGCAGACGGAUUUGAACCUACUGCUGCUCUCCAGUCCCUUCCGGCCCUGGAAGACAAGAAGAGAGAUAGUCCAGACACAGAUUCGGUCAGCGGAGAGUCCGGCUGAAUCUUACGUCGAGAAUCUGGAUACAACAGGGAGCACGGAAGAGGAAUUACAGUUCAUCGACAGCAGCCCCGAAUGGGAGGACGAGAAGCUGACCGAGGAGAUGCAGGAAGAAUUGAGGGAGCUGCUGUGUAAUGAAACGGACUUCUUGAUGGAAGCCAAGAUCUUGAAGCUGCUGGCUCCUCUGGUGACCGAGGAACAGACUGGAGUAAAGCUGGGAUCUAUCCUUUACACUCUGGGUAUUGACGAAAGGGAUUUGCCCAAGUUGACGGAUUUCCUGUUGAGGUACAAGGAUCAGCAGAAUGAGCAGACUGGGCAAUCGCACAGGGACAGCGUGACGAGCAUUUCGUCGGACCUCAUCCACCCUAACCACGUUCUUUGUGCUCUGAAAAGCUUUCUUGAGCAGCAAAGUUUCAGGACGAGCUCAGCCCAGGAACUUUCCAGACUGUGGCUCGCACACGCGCGGGAUUCUUCCAAGGAUGCAGCGUAUUGGGAGAGCCUUGGCAAUAUCAUCCCAGAGGAGAGAGUCAAACUGUGGGAAUCCACGUCGAGAACGCUGAACCAGUACCACGCUGUGCUGACGGACAUCUCUGAGCUAGUCCAGAAGCAGGAGAGUCUGAAGGACAAGAACACAGAGCUGCGCUUGAAUAUUGACAGUAUGUCUGCUUCUGUUUAUUAUACUUCGCCUCCAGGAAGACAUGUUUGCUUUGGUCUGUUUUUAGCACUGCCUUAAAGGUUGUAACUGGGCUCUCACUUAGCAACACCGACAUGUGAAUGUGAAUUCACAUUUAAAGCAAAAUGCAUGUUUAAAAAUGGUGGAGCUAAGGCCAUAUUGCAGCAUUUGAGAUUGGAUUGGGACAUCCCUUGUUGAAAGUGCUUCAGG